ACUCAGUUUCGACGUACCAAGAAACCAACCAGUCAGUGCCUAAAGAUAAUUGUCUUUGUAUCUCCCAAAACAAUGGCUUCAAUGGCAACUACUGCUUUUCUUUUGGCCCUCAACCUUCUUUUCUUCACAUUGGUCAGUUCAACUUACUGCCCACCACCACCAAAACCAAAGCCCUGUAAGGCCUGCCCCUCUCCAUCGAAGCCCUCUCCCUCUCCACCAAAGCCCUCUCCAGCAGGCCCUGGCUCUAAGAGUAGUUGCCCAAAGGACACCCUUAAGUUGGGGGUAUGUGCUGAUUUGUUAAAUGGACUACUAAACAUUGUUGUGGGAACCCCAUCAGGCACCCCUUGCUGCUCCCUUAUCCAAGGCCUUGCUGAUCUUGAUGCUGCCGUUUGCCUUUGCACUGCUAUUAAGGCCAACAUUUUGGGAAUCAACCUUAAUGUCCCUGUCUCAUUGAGCUUGCUCUUGAACUACUGUGGCAAGAAGUCCCCUGAAGGCUUCAAAUGUGCAUAAGUUCUUGGUAUUCACUACUAUAUGUUGUAUUAUUUGUGUUUGGUUUGGUUUGAUAUAAUCCUUUUCACAAGAUCAUAUGUUCCAUGAUCAUUUGUAAUGUUUUCUUUUUCUUCUUCUUCUUAAACAUCGACAACUUCGAAUGUGUCAACCAUGGACGCCUGCGUGAUCGUGACCAUGAUCUUCAUCUAUGCCUUUCCGCUGCAUGUUUUAUAACACCUCUUUGUUGAUUUGAUUCAAGUGUGUCGUUGCUUACGUUAUUGUCUUCUUUUAUCAAUCUAGUGUUUUUAAUGGAAAAAAUAAAUAAAUUUAAAGGUUACGUUACAUCAAA